GUGUGUAAUUUUGUAAAUACGGUAACUUAGUCCCAGAUCUUUCACGUGUUGACUUUAAAUAUUUUUAGAGGUUAUAUAUUUGUAUAUUUAUAUAUAUUUUUGUAAAAAUAAAAAUAUAAAAUGGAAAAUGAAAAUUCAGAAGAUGAAAAAAGUGUCGAUUUUUCAGUGAGCGAUGAAUUAAAUGAAGAAGAAAAAAAAAAUGAUGAUAAAAGAAAAAAAAAAUAUAAACGUGGUAUUAUUUAUAUAUCACAAAUACCAAAAUAUAUGAACUGUGCUAUUCUACGUGAAAUGUUAUCAGUUUAUGGAAAAAUCGAUCGUGUUUAUUUACAAUUAGCUAACAGUGAAAAACCAACAAAGAGUAAAGUUAUUGAAAUAAAACAAACAAAGAAAAAUAAAAAUAAAAGAGCGCCUCGAAUGUUUUCUGAAGGUUGGGUUGAAUUUGAAAGUAAAAAAAUAGCUAAAUUUGUUGCUGAGAAACUUAAUAAGCAGCCAAUCGCCACAAGAAAAGGAAGUAGAUUUUAUGAUAUACUUUGGAAUAUUAAAUAUUUAUCAAGAUUUAAAUGGAUCCAUUUAAGUGAGCGGUUAGCUUAUGAAAAAGCCGUACACAAGCAACGUUUGCGCACAGAAAUAUCUCAAGCUAAACGUGAGAGUACAUUCUUCGCUUACAAUCUUGAUCGCAGUAAGAAAUUGAAACUAAAAGAACAAAAGGGUGAAACCACAGAGUUCAUUAUUCCUGAAAUAAAACAACGUGAAACAGACAUGGAAAUACGACAGAAAAAGAAUAAAUUGAAAUCUUCUGCUGAUGAAAAUGAAAGCCGUAAAGAAUUUCUUCAAUCAAUAUUUUAAUUUAUUCAUUUUUUAUUUUAUCUAUGUAAUGUAUGUUGGAAAAUAAUUUUGUAUAAUAAAUAGUUUAUUAUUAAUUAAAUUAA